AUGAACACAGUUGCCAUAGACGAAAACAAUAGGAGAUUUAUCGACUCAUUAUUGAAGCGUAUUGAGUCGUUGCUCCCCUUUAGAACUGGCCACACUGUUCAAGAGGUGGAAAUUGAUGCUCAAUUCAUAACAACAAGAAAGAUCUUGUUGGAUAGUCAUUGCAAAAAUGGACACAUGAUCUCAUUGAUUAUAACGUCAUUCACAUCAUUACUACUGACAAUCAACACAGAAGCACAAAAUGCUAGACUCAAGUACAGAGACGAGAAAUCAAGAUCUUCAACGUUGUUAGUAUGCAAGACAUUGGCCGAGAUAUUGAAAGCAAAUUGGGAUAGAGAAACCACGUUUUUGGAGGAGAAAGAUGUCUUGAGUAACUACUCGAGGUUUUACUACUAUGAACAGCCGCAGCCAUUAAAUUCAACUAUAGUCCCAGAUGUUCUAAGUUUUUACAUCAAUUUGUUGUCCACUGGAGUUGUUAGAAAAGUACUCUCAAUGGUGAGAAAUGAAAAGACAAUGACAAACAUAGCCGUUGCCAAAGAAGAGCAGGAUAUCGCAAGGGAAGACCAGCCGAUGACUGAGCUGGAAAAAAUAUUGAAUGCAAUAGCAGACAUUGACUCUUAUAUUGAAAUAGUUCUUCGAUUUGUCUCAACUGCUAAUCCGGACGACUAUUACAAAUACAUCCAAACAAAAUUAUACGCUUACUCAGAUACUAGUCAAACUAUACCUCUUCCUACCAUACAAAAGUAUUGUCCACUAAUGAAGUAUGCAUUUUAUUCGGAGAUGAAUGCGGUUAUUUUUGCCGAAGAGUCAUUAAAAACUAUCCCAGUUAUCAAAUCCAACACUUGGAGACAAGUUUACCUUUCCUUCUUGGCUACUAGUAUCAAAGACCAAUCACUUUCCAGAGUAGGGGACUACAACGCAUUAGUCGACCCCAACAAUCUACGUCACGCUACUGCAUUGAAACAACUCUUUGACUCGGCAAUGUCAGUUUUUGAGGAUAACUAUACCCUGGUAUCAUGCGCUCCAUACAUUUUGACUUGUUUUCUCACUUUAUGUGUUAGCGAUUUCGCGGAAAUGAAUUCCCUCAAACCAUUAAACAAAUUGAAAUUGGCAUUCAACAAAAGACUCAGAUUUAUAUCAACAGUGCUUAAGGAUGCAUCAAAUGCGAAUAAUUUGGAAAGUCUUGAGGUGCUAAUAAAUAUAUUUCACUUAGGAGCUAGGCUAGAGACGAGUAAUUUCAAAAAGCAUCCUGUUUUGUUGUUUAGCUUAAGAUACUUGGACGAAGUGUUUCACCAGUUGGUCAAAUACGAAGAAAUUCAUAAAGAUCAGCUACUCACAGAUGACGACCUAGCUACAAAGCGAGAUUACUUGUUGGUAAACUAUUAUAUUGCUGCAAUAAUUCUCCGUCCAGAAAAAUACACCAAAAUUAUGAUUGAGCGCUACAAACGAUCCGAAGGCGAUAUGAGGAUAAAUAAGUUAUUUGUUAAGGCGAUAAAAGGGUUGUCUGAAAUUGACAUUGCCAAGGAUAUUUUUUACUCAUUUAUGUUGCAGUUCAAGAGUACCCUAAAAUCAAUCAUGUAUGGAUCAUUGAAAAUAUUACGUGGAUAUGGAGAACGAAUAAACGAUCCAUUCAACGCUUCAUAUUAUUCUGAUGCAUCAAGUGUUGAUGACAAUGAAAUGCAGGCUAAUCAAGCAACAGACUAUGCGUUUGAUCAAAACAAAUCGAGCAUCGACCAUUACGCAGAGACAUUAUUUGACAAAAGUCAAACCAAAGACGAUUCUAAAGUCAAGUCACCAGCCGCGGUCUCUUUGGCGUCAUCAAGCACGUUCAGUUUUCGAAUUGUGAAUGGCGCAGAAGAGAUUGUUUCUGACAUUUUCUUGAUAUUUGCUGCUGCACCGGAGCUCUAUUUUAAUGACAAGAAGUUGAUGGAUGAUUCAAAUUUGAAAACUAUGCCUUAUGGUGAAUUGUUAAGACUGGUGGUGGAAUUUUGUCACGAUGCUAUUGUUCCAAUCCGAUUAGCUCUAAAGGCAAAUUGGAUAGUGGAAGGAAAUACUAGGCUAUUUGACUCUGCACGGAAAUUGUCUAUGCAAAUGGUGGCGUCUGGAAACAAGAUUGAAACUGAAUACACAACUUUAUCAGCAUUUGCCAAUUUCAAUAUCUGCAACUGCAUUAUCCAAUCAGUUUGUGAAACUUGCUUAGGAUUAGCAUUAUCAAAUCCCAAAUUCAAAUCGAGCUUUUUAUUUUUAAUCAACUUUUUGCAUAAACGGGAUAAUUAUUGUGCAAUAGUUCGCGAAAAUCCAAUUAUCCGAGAUCACAAAUCGCGUGAGUUGUAUCAAACAUGUGGGAGAGUAGUGCAUUCAGUGGAGAAGGUAUUACUUUUGUCUUUAUGUACUCAUGAUGUACAGUUUUACAACUAUACAAAAGAAGGCAUCAAGUGGUAUAUUAGCGAGAUUCACGAAAACAAAGUUUUAUACAAAUCUCAUGAAAUUGACGACAAUCAGCUUGAACUUUUUGAAAAACUUAGUAAUGACGAUGGAGUAUUCACUGGGUUUGUAUCGUUGCAAAAGAGACACCGUAAGAUUCUUCGUGAAGCCAAGCCAACUAAAUCACUAUACCACGUUUGGCUAAUCAUUCUUGCAAGAUGGACCAAAAUCUUGAAAACCAAUAACGAAAUUAAUGAAAACAAUUUAAUUUUCCGUCACUUCACUGGAUUUUUAGUUUCAACUUCGGGAUGUUUUAUGUCGGCUGAUACGGAUAGUACUGCUGUGGAGAUUCGUCAAAGAAGUAGUGGGCACAUUUCCGACUUUUUUGACAAAUGCAUCGACCUUUUAAAUUCCCCAGACUUGGUUGUACGAGUUAUCAUCAAAGACACUUUGUCAAAUGAAUCGCAUUCAGACAUAUAUCACCUUAUAGCGACAAAGCUAAUGGCUCGUGCAAACUCUUACGCCGAAGAGAAAUCGCAUACUGAAGAGAGUGUGAUAUUUUUGGAAGAGGCCAUUAUUAUUAUGAGUGCAAUGAUUAAUGUUCGCAACGACGGUGCUUUGUUACUUUCAUCUUUGCUUCCCCAUAUUUGCCAAUUCUUUAUAACGUUCAUCAACAAUGUUGCUGAUAUUACGGAUAAAUUUAGAUUGAAGUUGAGGUUUUGUAAACUAGCGCAAGCACUUGAACUGGAUAAAACCAACUCAGGUUUACACGGAGCAUACAAGCUUCGUAAUGGAUACAGCAAAUCAAUGUUGGAGUGGUUGGAACAAAUUGUCAUUUUGGAUGGAGAUAUGGCUGACAAAAAUCUUCUGGAAAUCAAGACAUCGGAAUUGAGUUAUUUGAAAAUGGAUCUCGCUGUCCAGUGCUCCAAAAGCUUGAGUCUUCAGCUUGAGAAUUUAUUGCUUGAGAUCCCUGAUGGAGUCAAAGACAGUGAGGUAAAAAAAUACAAGGACAUAGCUUUUGGAAAUUUCUUUUCGAUCUUUUACAAAAUUAUUCAAAAAUACACCAAAACCCCAUCAUCAGACAGGUUCAAGCAUAAAUUGCAACAAGUUACUGAUCAUGUUUUAAACUCCAUCACCAACUUGCUACAAUAUGAUUCGGAGAUUGGAAUUCAAUACCUACUUCCAAUGGGAUACCACGAAGAUAAGAAAAUUAGAGCCAUAUUUCUAAAUGUUUUUGCUAGUAUGUUGACGUCAAAAACCAUCAAGAAAGUGGAGGAGGAGUAUCCGUAUGAAUUAGUCGAACAGUUGGUCCAAGAGACUGAAAUAUUUGGUUCUAUCGCCGAGUGUGCGUCUAGCUCUGAGCACAAUCUUCUCGCGUCAUCGUUGUUUGGUAUAUUUUCUUACACCAACAAAUUGGAUAAGUUAUUCACUGUUUUGUUGACUGACGAGAUUGCCAAUCUAACCCGAUCAACAGAUUUGUUCCGAAGAAAUUCGACUUUGACGAGGCUUCUUUUCAAUUUCACUCAGGAUCAUGGAUUGGACUACUUGAAAAGCAAAUUACUCUUCAUCAUUGAGGAGAUUGUCAAUCAGGAUAUUUACUUCGAAGUUGAGAAACGAGAAUCAAGCGAGGAUACAGCUUUAUUUAUCACCUAUUUGGGAAGGAUCGUUGAUCUGAUUGUUGGAUCAUUUGAUGCGCUUCCAAAUUCAUUUAAAUUUGUUUGUUCACAAAUCUAUCAAUCGGUGUCAACCAAAUUUGAAGACUCUGCUUUGAUUGCUGUUGGAUCAUUUAUAUUCUUAAGAUUCAUAUGCCCAGCAAUUGUCAGUCCGCAGCAAUACUUCAAAAUUCCAGUAGAAAAUUCCAAGACGAAACGAUCUUUGAUGCAGUUGGUAAAGAUUCUACAAAAUAUGGCAAAUGGCACGCUAAUCACGAUCAAGUGGCCAGGUUUGAUAGACGAUAGCGAGAUUUUGAGUAAUUUUAACACGAGAAUUAAGGAUUUCUUGACAAGGAUUUCAACAGUUGAGCUCACUUCAUAUCCAUUCCAAAAAGGUUCCUGUGAAAAGCCAAUCGCUGAAUUGAGGUACUUGCAUAAAUUCAUAUACACUUAUUUUGCUCCCAUCAGAAUGAAUUUUCUUCUUGGAAAAUCAGCAUUCAGUGUAAAAACAUUACACGAGAGAGUCAAAAAAUUCAAAUCUUUUGAUUUAGUGGUUAUGAAAUUGGGUCAGCCGAAAGCUAGUGUUCGCUUACAAUUGGCUUCCAAUUUCAAAGCCUUUGAUUCAAGUAAUGGAGACGGCGAAGAGCUUAAAUUCAAUGAUUUCAUGACCAAACUGUCCUUGAAGUAUGCUGAUACACCAUCUGAUGCUGUAAAUCUUAUUCAGUCAUCGAUAUUCAAGGAUGGAACCCCUGUCAUUGUUGUGAAUCUCCGUAGGUUAAAGUUUCGACCAGAUGAUAUUAAUUAUCUAGUAUACAAACUACUUGAGACAGCAUCGCAAGUUUGGGAGAACAAGUUUUAUCUCAUCUAUGACUUUUCAGAGUUUUAUUUUUUCAAAGUGGAAUCUCCUGACGAAUACACUCAUUUGGUUUCAUCAUAUACGCCAAAGCAAUUCUUCUCAAGCUGUUCCCGUGUCUACUACUUCAAUGUCCCACGAACAGAGUAUUCCAGUUUAAUCAAAUCGAUGCAAAGCUUGAGAAAAAAGGGUUCAGAGUUUGGAACAAAGAUUUAUAUCCAUUCCUCGAUUGACUCUGACAGCACAGUCAGCAAUCUUUGUUUAGAUCCUGAGACUGUUUCCAUCAGUCGUGACGCAAAGGUCACUUAUAAGGGCGUGCUCUUAUACGAGCCAACGAAUCAAAGAUAUGAACCGGUUAGCCUCAGGAUAGGAAGAAAGUUCCUCACAGUGUGUUUCAAAGAAAGCGUGCAAUUCAAGAGUCCUUACUCAGCCAUGGAUAGUUUCACACCGUUAGAGGUUCACAGACUAACUGAUUUAGUUAGAUGCGAGGUAUCUGACUUCACAGGAGUUGAAGAUGAGUUUACAAUAUAUUUUAAACACAAUGAUCCGGUGACGUUCAGGUCACCCGAUCGCCUUGAGAUUUUGCGGUUCUUAUACUUUACAACUUCAAGGUUACCUAGGGAUACUUCAUUGUUGGAUGCUGAAAAAGAAUCCCAAGCCGAGGUGCAUAUUAUGCAUUGGUUUGGUCGAUUGUACAAUAUAGUGUUCCAGGGUCUACUUAGUAGUGAUGCAGAGGUGAAAUCAUCAUCAGCGGUUUUAUUUGGCUCCUUGUCUUCAUAUUUCGAGAUUGAUUUUGGCAUUUCUGAAACUCAUGCAAAAUCAUUACCUUUCCCCACUGAUGCAACUGAUUUAGUGGUGUCCGUGUCGAAGCACUUAUCUGUCACCUUUCCCGAAAUGACGUACAGAUUUUUCAAGGCUUAUUUUGACAACUUCGAGAAAAUGGACCGGGAAACUCGCUUGACUUCAAUUUUGUACGUUACACCAUGGAUCAAUAAUAUUUACGAUUAUGUUUAUUCACAAAGUGGGUUUAGAGGACCCGAUCGAGUUGCAGAUCUUAUCAGACAAUUCUGUCGUAUCACAAUGCUCAAUAAAGAUCGAGUUCCAUUUACUAAUGAUUAUAUAUGGAACAUCCUUUUCCGCGAGACGAGAUUGGUCUCAUCUUUGGUUGACGAAGUGGUGGCAUUUGCAAUUGAUAGCAAAAACGAGGGUCCUGAGUGGUCAUUCAUUAUUGCUGUGAUUACUCCUUCGGUUGAAGUUUGCGGUGAAGUGAUAUCAAGGUUGUUAACUGCAAUAAAAUACGCCCUUACCACAGAUUCUGCAAUUGCAUCCCAAUCUAAGCUUUUUGAAAUUACUGUUUUGGUGAAGAUUUGUUCGUCAUUGUUUUUCAGCUCAUACGCCCUUGCAAGGUUAUACUUGGCAGACGUAAUCUUUCUUGUCACCUUGUUUAUCGACAAUGCUUAUUUGGAAGUAGGCUCGGACUUGAGAAAUUUGAUUAUCAGCACAGUUCAGUCAUUUUUACACAAGCCAAAUUUGACAAGCUAUCAACAAGAUGUAAUCAAUAACACGAUUGAGUAUUUCACUACACCUAGAGCAAAGAUGCUAUUUGGAAUGACACGGGAGGCAAAAUCUCUUGCUGAUAUUGGUCAAGCGUUCAAUCGAAUCAUUAAUUUUGAAGUCUUAUGUGAUUAUUUGAAUGAGUUCAUUGAGGUGGUUAGUACUUCUGAUGACAAAACGAACUGGAAAGCAAGGUGGUCCUCGAACGCAAUUGAUGUUGCUUUCAACAAUUUCUCGUUGUUCCAAGACAAAGCAAUAUUAGUAGUUGGUAUACUAGCAAAACAAGGCAUUACCGACUCUGUUGCGUGUCGAACAAUCAAAUUAGUUGCCCAUGGUGAAUUGAGGAGAAUUGAUACUGUCAUAUGCACUUCCGUGGCAACUGCUCGCAUUAUGGAAGGCUUACCAAGCGAUUCGAUGUUGCCACCAAUCUUGAUUUGGUCUCAACUAUGUUUCGCUUUGUUGAACCAAUCAAUUCUCUACCAGUCAGCACUUGAAAAUGUUGUUUCGUCAAUUGUUAAAAUAAUGAAUCUAGAUGAUCAUAUUGAGAAAGCAUUUGAGCAAAGACAAUAUUUGGAACCAUACAUGUCUGAAUUCGAAGAAAAGCAUGAAAUUAGCAUUACAAGAGAUAAUUUUCGAAUGUAUUUUUUCUUUAUUCUUACACAGGGACUCAAAGUAUCGCAGUAUAGAGGCUUGUCUUUGACGUGUAUUAAAACUUACUUUAAGAGACGUUUUGAGCUCAGAGAUGAGCAUCCAAUCGACGAGAACAUCAUUUCAAAUAAUGCUUAUCCAUUUCUCGUGAUGUUGCAUAUGUUUUCUGAUGCAAAAGAAUUUGAAGCAUAUUUGGAUGAGUUGGGAAUUGCUCAUGAGCCUUUUGAUUUAGAUAAUGGGCAGCAGAUACCAAGUUUCUUGCUGGAGUUUUUAGGAGCAAACAAUGAAGCAUCCAAGUUUGCCAUGCUACAAUUGGGAAGAUUCUUUGCUGACGAAAAGCUCACUGAUAUCGGAUUCAGAGUAAAGUUCAUCUCAAUCUAUCAUCACUUAUUGAAUCGCAACCCAGAGACAGCGUUGCUCAUUUUUCAUAUUAUUGAGCUGGCUUUGACGCUGGAUUUGGCAACCACAAAUUCAUUGGAUACAGUGGAAAGCAUCUCUAAAAUCAUUUUCAAAGUGUCAGAAAUGACAGGAUAUCAACCGGAAAUCUAUAUCAAAAGUAUCGAUGAAAUAAUACACACGAGAAAGAUAUCUUUUUUGAAUAAAAUGGAUGAUUUGCAGCCUGUUGAAGCUAUACUUGAUGAAGAUGGCGAGUUUAACGCUACAUUUGACGAGGAUAUUAAGGCAAUUCAAUUCAUGUUCUAUAGAUCUGCUUGUACCUACAUAGAAGGAUUAAAAUUGGAGGAUUGA